AUGAGUGAGAAAUGGGGCUCAAACUCUUCAGAAAACGGGCAUAUUUGGAGUGUCAGUGACACAAAGCAUCAUCAGUACUCAGAUAGCAAUAUCACCUAUGUGAACUACUAUCUUCACAAGCCUCAAGUGGCAGCAGUCUACAUUAUUUCCUACUUUCUGAUCUUCUUCCUGUGCAUGGUGGGAAAUACAGUGGUUUGCUUUACUGUAAUGAGGAACAAACAUAUGCACACUGUCACUAAUCUCUUUAUCUUGAACUUGGCAAUAAGUGAUUUACUAGUUGGUAUAUUCUGUAUGCCUAUCACGCUGCUGGACAAUAUUAUAGCAGGAUGGCCAUUUGGAAGCACAAUGUGCAAGAUCAGUGGAUUGGUCCAGGGAAUAUCAGUUGCAGCUUCAGUCUUUACUUUAGUUGCAAUAGCAGUGGACAGGUUCCGGUGUGUGGUCCACCCUUUUAAACCAAAGCUCAGUAUCAAGAAAGCAUCCGUCAUUAUUGUGAUCAUAUGGGUCCUGGCCACCACCAUUAUGUCCCCCUCUGCCAUAAUGUUGCACGUACAAGAAGAAAAAUAUUACCGAGUGAGACUCAACUCUCAGAAUAAAACCAGCCCCAUCUACUGGUGCCGGGAAGACUGGCCAAAUCAGGAAAUGAGGAAGAUCUACACCACUGUGCUCUUUGCCAACAUCUAUCUGGCCCCACUGUCCCUCAUUGUCAUCAUGUAUGGAAGGAUUGGAAUUUCACUCUUCAAGGUGACAGUGCCCCGCACAGGCACCCAGAACCAGGAGCAAUGGCAUGUGGUAUCCAGGAAGAAGCAGAGGGUCAUUAAGAUGUUACUGAUAGUGGUCUUGCUCUUCAUUCUCUCCUGGCUGCCCCUGUGGACUCUGAUGAUGCUCUCAGACUAUGCCCACCUGUCUCCCAGUGAACUGCAGGCCAUCAACAUCUACAUCUACCCUUUAGCACACUGGCUGGCCUUCUGCAACAGCAGCAUCAAUCCCAUUGUCUACGGUUUCUUCAAUGAGAAAUUUCGCCAUGGCUUUCAAGAUGCUUUUCAGCUCCAGCUCUGCCAUAAAAGAGCAAAGCCCAAGGAACCCUACACCCUUGGAGCUAAAAACAAUGUAGUCAUAAAUACAGCUCAUCAGUUAGUCCAAGAACCUACAAUUCAAAAUCCACAUGAGGAAAAUUUGCUUUGUAGGAAAAGUGUUGAAAAGCCCAAGCAGGAAUUAAUGAGGGAAGAAUUAGGAAAAGCUACCAAUAGAAAUGAGAUUUUAAGAGAGGUAGUGUGAUGAUUUUAACUCCACUGUGUGUUAUAUAUCGAAUACUAUUGCUUUAUACUUCAAUUUUAAGAAUGUUCUAAAGAAAGCAUGUACUGAAAGCAAUCUGGAAAAAAAAGUAAACAAGAUGGUCUUACUAAGUUCAUAACCAGUCUUACGGUGUAUGUGUACAGAGACUCAUAUAUAGAUUUGCCUGAAUAAAUCCAUUUCCUUGGAGUAAUUUUGAAAGCCUGACCUUGCCUACUGAGCUAUUU